AUGUGGAUGAGUGCCAGGCCAUCCCAGGUCUGUGUCAGGGUGGGAACUGUAUCAACACUGUGGGAUCCUUCCAGUGUAAAUGUCCUGCUGGACACAAGUUCAAUGAGAUCACACAGAAAUGUGAAGAUCUAGAUGAGUGUUCUAGCAUCCCAGGUCUGUGUAGUGGAGGAGAGUGUUCCAACACGGUGGGCAGUUACUUCUGCAGGUGUUCUCAGGGCUACUACACUCCAGUGGAUGGCUCCAGGUGUAUAGAUGCCCGGGGUGGGUACUGCUAUGCCAGCCUGCUGAACGGGCGUUGUGCCAACCAGAACUCCCAGCUCCUGACCAAGAUACAGUGCUGCUGUGACAGUGGGCGCUGCUGGUCAGACGGGUCCAGUCCUGAGUUGUGCCCCAUGACAGGGACUGAUGAGUACCAGAAGCUGUGCACACAGGUGCAGACCAGUCCAGGGGGGGGGGCUCUCCCAGGCGGGGGAGGGACUCUCCCAGGUGGAGGAGGGCCUCUCCCAGGCGGGGGAGGGGGAAGACCAGGUGUUCCCCAGGUCCCAGGUAUCUACCCAAGACCACCCUACCCAGGACCACCAAUCCCUUUCCAGCCUCCGCCUGGACCAGGUAAAUACCCUGGACCCAUCAUCCAGACCCAGAACAUCAGUACCAGCAUUACUAACAUGUGUGCGGUAUACAGGAACCUGUGUCUGAACGGCCGCUGUGUCCCCUCCCUAAGCUACCGCUGUGACUGUAACAUGGGCUUCAGACUAGACUCACGAGGAGAGUGUAUCGAUGAUGAUGAGUGUGCGCGGAACCCAUGUGUGAACGGAGAGUGUGUGAACACGGCUGGAUCCUACUUCUGCCAGUGUCCUGCUGGCUUCCAGUCUACUGCUACCAGGACCGAGUGCAGAGACCUGGAUGAGUGUGUGGCAAACGGUCGUAUCUGUAACAACGGAAGGUGUGUGAACACUGAGGGGAGCUUCCACUGUGUCUGUAACGCCGGCUUUGAGAUCUCUACUGACGGGAAGAACUGUCAAGACAUGGAUGAGUGUCUGAUCAGGAACAUGUGUUUGAAUGGGAUGUGCAUCAACGACGAGGGAAGCUUUAAAUGUAUUUGUAAACAUGGCUAUCUGCUCGACCCAACCGGGCGCUUUUGUGUAGACAUUGAUGAGUGUGAGACUCCAGGGAUCUGUAUGAACGGCCACUGUGUGAAUACGGAGGGGUCCUUCAGGUGUGAGUGUAUGGCUGGUCUGGCCGUGGGUCUGGAUGGCCGCGUCUGUGUCGACACACAUAUGCGCAGCACUUGUUAUGGAGGAUACAAGCGGGGACAGUGUGUGAAGCCAUUCUUCGGAGCCGUGACCAAGUCAGAAUGCUGCUGUGCCAGUGUGGAGUACGCCUUUGGAGAGUCCUGCCAACCAUGCCCACCCCAAAACUCAGCUGAGUUCCUGGCCCUGUGUAGUAACGGCCCCGGCACCACCAGCGAUGGCAGAGAUAUCAAUGAGUGUGCUCUGGACCCAGACAUCUGUCAGAACGGUGUGUGUGAGAACAUGCUGAGGACCUAUAAGUGUAACUGUAACAUGGGCUUUGAGGUGGACACCACUGGAAAACACUGUGUUGACAUAGAUGAGUGUGCAGUGAACAGGUUACUGUGUGACAACGGCCUGUGCAGGAACACUCCAGGUAGUUUCACCUGCCACUGUCCCACCGGCUUCCUGUUCCACGCUGAGACGGAUGUCUGUGAAGACAUUGAUGAGUGUGAGUCGAAGCCGUGUGUGAACGGGGACUGUAAGAACAGCCCGGGGUCCUACGUGUGUCUCUGCUCAGCAGGCAGCACGCUGGACGCCUCUGGAACACAGUGUAUAGAGACCAGUAAAGGCACAUGUUGGCUGAAGGUGAUUAAUGGACGCUGUGAGAUCAACAUCAACGGAGCCACUCUGAAAUCCCACUGCUGCUCCACACUGGGAGAGGCCUGGGGAAGUCCCUGUGCCAAGUGUGAACCAGAUCAUUUCUGCACUAAGGGUUAUGCUAGAGUCAGAGGGACCAUUUGUGAAGAUGUUAAUGAGUGUGAGGUGUUUCCGGGGGUGUGUAUCAAUGGGAAGUGUGUGAACACCGUGGGUUCCUUCAUCUGCCAGUGUCCCUCUGGGAUGACCGUCGACGCCACCGGACGAACAUGUAUAGACCUGCGUACAGAGCAGUGUUAUCUGAGCCACGAGGAUGAGCGUUGUGGAGCCCCUAUCCAGGGUCGUCACCGUGUGGACGCGUGCUGCUGCUCGGUGGGUGUGGCCUGGGGCCCGGAAUGUGACGAGUGUCCGGAGAAAGGCUCUCAGGAGUACAGCCAGCUCUGUCCCAGGGGACCCGGCUUCGCAAACAGAGGAGACUUCAUUAAUGGACGGCCCUUCCUCAAAGAUAUAAACGAGUGUAAGAUGAUCCACAGCUUGUGCUCCAAUGGGAAGUGUAGGAACACCAUCGGUAGUUUCCGUUGUCGCUGUGACAACGGCUUCUCUCUGGACUCUGAUGAGAGGAACUGUACAGACAUCGACGAAUGCCGUAUCUCUCCAGACCUGUGUGGUCAGGGCACGUGUGUGAACACAGGUGGGGACUUCCAGUGCGAAUGUUUUGAAGGUUACGAGAGCGGCUUCAUGAUGAUGAAAAACUGCAUGGACAUUGAUGAGUGUGAGCGGAACCCUCUGCUGUGUCGCGGUGGUGAGUGUGUGAACAACGAGGGCAGCUUCCAGUGUUUGUGUCCCGACGGACACGAGAUUGCCCCCGACGGAUCCGCCUGUCUCGAUAUUAACGAGUGUGAACUGAGUGAGAAGCUGUGUCGGAACGGUCAGUGUGUGAAUAUGAUUGGACGUUACCAGUGUUCCUGUGAUACUGGAUAUAAAUCCACGGAGGACAGACUGGCCUGUGUCGACAUUGAUGAGUGUACGAUCCAGAAUGGAGGUUGUGAGACAUUCUGUACCAACUCAGAGGGGAGCUAUGAGUGCAGCUGUCGUUCUGGAUACGCCCUGAUGCCAGACCUCAGGACCUGCACUGACAUUGAUGAGUGUGAGGACAGUCCAGACAUCUGUGACGGAGGCCAGUGUACCAACAUCCCAGGAGAGUACCAGUGUCUCUGCUUCGAUGGAUUCAUGUCUUCUGAAGAUAUGAAGACCUGUCUGGAUGUGGAUGAGUGUGAGCUGAACCCUAACAUCUGUCUGAGUGGGAAUUGUGAGAACAGCAAGGGAUCCUUCAUCUGCCAUUGUGACAAGGGCUACUCCGUACGCAAGGGAACUACCGGCUGCACAGAUAUUAAUGAGUGUGAGAUUGGGGCCCAUAAUUGUGACAGACAUGCCUCAUGUACCAACACGGCUGGCAGCUUCAAGUGUAGCUGUGCUCCGGGAUGGAUUGGAGACGGGAUCAAAUGCACAGACCUGGAUGAGUGUUCCAACGGGACCCACAUGUGCAGCAACAACGCAGACUGUCUGAACACCAUGGGAUCAUACCGCUGCCACUGCAAGGACGGAUUCUCUGGGGACGGAUUCUACUGCUCAGACAGCGAUGAGUGUGCAGAUAACGUGAACCUGUGUGAGAGCGGUAACUGCCUGAAUGUUCCUGGAGGCUACCGUUGUGAGUGUGACAUGGGUUUCAUCCCAACCCCGGACGGAAAGGCCUGCGAGGACAUAGACGAGUGUACCUUUGCCGAUAUCUGUGUGAAUGGAAGGUGUCAGAACAUUCCGGGGCUGUUCAGGUGUCAGUGUAGCAUCGGCUACGAGCUGGACAGGAGCGGAGGCAACUGCACUGACAUUAAUGAGUGUGCUGACCCGACCACCUGUAUCAGUGGACUGUGUGUCAACACCCCAGGUAGCUACAUCUGUAACUGUCCUCAAGACUUCGAACUCAACCCCACCCGCGUGGGCUGUGUAGACACUCGUUCUGGUGACUGCUAUCUGGACGUGCGGAUGCGGGGGGAUGCAUCUGAGAGUUUGGUCUGUUCCAAUGAGAUAGGUGUGGCGGUGUCCAAAGCCUCCUGCUGCUGUUCUCUAGGGCAGGCCUGGGGAACACCCUGCGAAUCCUGCCCCCCUCUCAACUCCUCGGAGUACAAGACGUUGUGUCCAGGAGGAGAGGGAUUCAGACCUAACCCCAUCACUGUUAUACUGGAAGACAUCAAUGAGUGCCAGGAGCUGCCAGGCCUGUGUCAAGGAGGAAACUGCAUCAACACCUUUGGUAGCUUCCAGUGUGAAUGUCCCAGAGGCUUCCAACUCAACGAGGAGAACAGAGUCUGUGAAGAUGUUAAUGAGUGUGAGCGUCCAGGUAUCUGUGGACCAGGCCAGUGUUACAACACCAUAGGAAACUACACCUGUAUCUGCCCCGUGGACUACAUGCAGGUCAAUGGUGGAAACAACUGUAUGGACAUGAGGAAGAGUUUCUGCUACAGGAACUUCUACUCUGACAACGGGACGUGUGACGGAGAGUUGACCUUCAACAUGACCAAGAAGAUGUGCUGCUGCUCCUACAACAUUGGACGGGCCUGGAACAGACCCUGUGAACAGUGUCCUGUACCCAGCACCAAUGAGUUUGCCAUUCUGUGUGGAAGUGAGAGACCAGGAUACUACAUUGAUAUCUACACAGGACAGGUCAUCGACAUUGAUGAGUGCAGGGAAAUCCCAGGUGUGUGUGAGAACGGCGUGUGUAUCAACAUGAUUGGCAGCUUCAGGUGUGAGUGUCCAAUGGGCUUCCUCUACAAUGACAAGCUGCUCAUCUGUGAAGACAUUGAUGAGUGUCAGAAUGGGCCAGUGUGCCAGCAGAAUGCAGGCUGUCUCAACAUGCCUGGUAGCUACCGCUGUGAAUGUAAACCUGGAUACCGCUUCACCCCCACUGGACAGUGUCUGGAUCGCAAUGAGUGUGUGGAGAACCCAGGAGUGUGUAGCCCAGGCCAGUGUAUUGAUACGUUGGGAAGCUAUCGCUGUAUCUGCCCCAAUGGUUUCAAGGCUACAUCAGACCUGGCCAUGUGUAUAGAUGUGGAUGAGUGUGAGAGACAGCCAUGUGGAAACGGGACCUGUAAGAACACAGUGGGAUCCUAUAACUGCCUGUGUUAUCCAGGCUUUCAGCUCUCACACAACAAUGACUGCAUAGAUACGGAUGAGUGUUCGAGCCAGAGAGGGCUGUGUAGGAACGGGAACUGUAUUAACACCCUGGGCUCCUUCGUGUGUGUGUGUCGCGAUGGCUACGAACUCAGCGCCGACGGAAGAAUUUGUGUUGACAUCAAUGAGUGUGCAGUGAACCCUGGGACUUGUGGUCCAGGCACCUGUCAGAAUCUGGACGGUUCCUACAGGUGUAUCUGCCCACUUGGCUACUAUAUACAGGACGAGACCUGUGAAGAUAUUGAUGAGUGUUCUCAGACCCCAGACAUCUGUCUGUUUGGGACCUGCUCCAACACUGAGGGCAGCUUCACCUGUGUGUGUCCUGCCGGCUUUCAGCUGUCCUCCUCAGGACGCAGAUGCGUGGAUGUCCGUGUGAACUACUGUUAUACUAAGUUUGAGAGUGGUCGCUGCCUGGCCCCUAAGCCUCUGAACACCACUAAAGGGGACUGCUGCUGUAGUGCCAUGCCUGGUCAGGGCUGGGGAGACCCCUGUGAGAUCUGCCCAGGCAAGAAUGAGGAGGCGUUUACAUCCCUCUGCCAUGCGGUUGGACAGGUGUUUGGUCCUGAUGACCAGCCCAUAGACAUUGAUGAGUGCACCGCCAACCCCAACAUCUGCAACAACGGUCAGUGUAUCAACACGGACGGGUCGUUCCGAUGUGAGUGUCCCUUUGGCUUCCGACUCGACACCUCAGGGAUCAACUGUGAAGAUACUAAUGAGUGUGACCUGGGGAACCCGUGUGGAAAUGGAACGUGCACUAACGUGAUUGGAGCGUUUGAGUGUGCAUGUGACGAAGGCUUCGAACCCGGACCCAUGAUGUCUUGUGAAGAUGUGAAUGAGUGUUCCCAGAAUCUUUUGCUGUGUGCGUUCCGCUGCGUGAACGUGAUUGGUUCCUACGAGUGUAAAUGUCCAACAGGCUACGUGCUGCGAGAGGACAAGAGGAUGUGCAGAGACCAGAAUGAGUGUGAGGAUGGGCUGGAUGACUGUGAGAGCAGAGGGAUGCGCUGUAAGAACCUCAUCGGGACCUACAUGUGUAUCUGUAACCCUGGUUACACACGGGCCCCUAACGGAGAGGGCUGCAUAGAUCUGAACGAAUGCUCUGCUAAGCCAGGUAUCUGUGAGAACGGUCGUUGUGAGAACACGGUUGGAAGCUAUCGCUGCAGGUGUGACCAAGGCUUCAGCGCCAACCCUACACAGACUGAAUGUAUAGAUAACCGCCAGGGACUGUGUUUCACGGAGGUGUUGACUACACUGUGCCAGAUGCAGUCCAGUAGCAGGAACAGUGUGACUAAGUCUGAGUGUUGCUGUGACGGAGGACGAGGCUGGGGCUCUAACUGUGAGCUGUGUCCUCUUCCUGGGACCACACACUACAAGAAGAUGUGUCCACUGGGGCCCGGAUACACAACAGACGGCAAAGACAUAGAUGAGUGUCGUGUGAUGGGGAACCUGUGUGUGAACGGACAGUGUGUCAACAGCCUGGGCUCCUACAGCUGUGUGUGUAAAACUGGGUACACCACAGACAUCACUGGCACCCUGUGUGUGGAUAUGGAUGAGUGUGUGCAGGCUCCUAAGCCGUGUAACUUCCUCUGUAAGAACACAGAGGGAAGCUACCUCUGUUCCUGUCCCAGAGGAUACAUCCUGCAGGAGGACGGCAAGAGCUGCCGAGAUCUGGAUGAGUGUCAGAGCAAACAGCACAACUGUCAGUUCCUGUGUGUGAACACCAUUGGAGGAUUCACCUGCAAAUGUCCUCCAGGCUUCACCCAGCACCAUACUGCCUGCAUAGAUAAUAAUGAAUGUGGGUCGGACCCUGCUCUGUGUGGCUCUAAUGGUGUGUGUCAGAACAGCCCAGGCAGCUUCAACUGCGAGUGUACUAGAGGAUUCUCAAUGGACCCCAAUGGACAGAGCUGUGAAGAUAUGGAUGAGUGUGAUGGUAACCACCGUUGUCAACAUGGCUGUCAGAACCUGGUGGGAGGGUACCGGUGUAGCUGUCCUCAGGGAUACCUACAACACUAUCAAUGGAACCAGUGUGUCGAUGAGAACGAGUGCCAGAACACUCAGAUCUGUGGGGGAGCGUCGUGCCAUAACACCCUGGGGAGCUUCCGUUGCCUCUGUCCCACUGGGUUCAACUACGGAGACCAGGGGGGGUGCAGUGACAUCAACGAGUGCUCCUCCUCCUCUAAUCCAUGUAACUACGGCUGUUCCAACACAGACGGAGGGUAUCUCUGUGGCUGUCCACCUGGAUACUACCGCGCUGGACAGGGGCACUGUGUGUCAGGCGUGGGCUUUGGUAGUGGUGUGAGUCUGGGCCAGGGAGGAGGAGGAGGAGGAGGAGGAGGAGGAGGAGGAGGAGGAGGAGGAGGAGGAGGGGCAGCAGAGGUGGGUGACAACGAUCUGUCUCCUGAGGCCUGCUACGAGUGUAAGAUCAACGGUUACCCCAAGAAGGGGCGCAAACGCCGCGACACCAACUCAACGCUGGAGCAACCUCUGGACAAUGCACAGCAUCAGGAGACAGUGAGCCUGGACAGUGUUCAAAUCAAAUCAAAUCAAAUUUAUUUAUAUAGCCCUUCGUACAUCAGCUGAUAUCUCAAAGUGCUG